AUGCACAACAUUACCAUCAUCAAGACAUUCUUGGUCGGACUAUUAGCUUCGGUGCCCCUCGCUCAUGCAUUGGGCGUUAGCGAUUUCGUCGACUUUGAGAAGCGGCAUGUUGGUUCUUUAGCUUCCGUUGCAAGCAGGGCCGUCAGGGCCGCCGUUGCAGAUAUUGUUCCAGAGAAGCGCGAGGCUCUCGAUGAGUUUGACAAUUUGCUCGACAAGCGCGAGCCACAUCACACCGAAGCUCAGAUUGCUGCCAAGAAGGCAGCCAAGGGUGGCAAGAACAAGAACAACAAGCGCCAGCCUCCGGAUGAGUUCGGUCCCUGGGACAGCGACUGUGAUGAGUUCGGGUGCUGGACGGACCCAGUAGAGAAACGCGAACCUCACCACACCGAGGCCCAGAUUGCGGCCAAGAAGGCUGCUAACGGUGGCAAGAAGAACAACAAGCGCCACCACACUGAGGCUCAAAUUGCAGCGAAGAAGGCUGCUAAUGCUGGCAAGAACAAGAACAACAAACGUCAGCCUCCGGAUGAGUUCGGUCCCUGGGACAGCGACUGCGAUGAGUUCGGGUGCUGGACAGACCCGGUAGAGAAGCGCGAGCCUCACCAUACCGAGGCCCAAAUCGCUGCAAAGAAAGCGGCCAAAGGCAAGAAGGGCAACAACAAGCGUGAGCCUCAUCACACCGAGGCUCAGAUUGCGGCUAAGAAAGCUGCGGGCAAAGGCAAAAAGCAGAACUGA